UGCAUUCCCACCUCUCCUCCAGGGUUUAAGGAGUGAAGCAUGCUGGGGAAAGCAAGAGUGAGCACAGAUAGUAUGCAUAGACACACCCAACAAAGUGUGGGAGACACGCAGAGUAAGCUGACUGUGUGGAGCAACAAGAGGGUGGGGCCUCUGCUGGGCUCACAAGCAAUCCAGCCGCACAUUUACCCGGAUACCCCAGUGCUGCAUUCCAGCUUGACACAAGACCGUAGCAGUUUCCAGCAUAGUGUAGCCAAAACACUACACGACUGCAAAGAAAUCAACUGCAGACAUGAAGGACAAAGUGAGGAAAGGAGCAGGAGGAAGAAAUCAAGCCAAGACAAAUGAUGCUAAUAGUGUGACUGCUGGGAAAGAUGCCGCUGCUGUCAAGCAAGGAGAUGACACCUCAUUCCCUGUCAAGAUCCAGGGAGCAGGAGUGGAGCCGUUUGAGUUUCAGGUCUGUGGAUGUUGGCUGGUUCAAGAUACUGUAACAACUUUGCUUUCGAGAAAUGAGGUGUCCCCACGCUCCAACCUGUCCCUGGCCUUUGCUGGAGCAACUCUGGACCCCCUUGCAGAAUUGCAAAGCCUCAAGGGGUUCAAACGUGGAACAGUCCUCCGUCUGGUUGAGGAGCCUUACACUGUCUGCUCAGCCAGGCAUCAUUUGGCUCAAGUCUUAGAGUUGUUGAGGACAUCUGGACCCCAGGAUGCAUUGAGGGAAGGACGAUCGCCAAGUUUACUUGAGACUCUUACACAUGCACCAACACCAGACUGUAGCUUAUCAAACGGAAAAAGCCUGAAACGAUCCACCAGCAACCCAAAACCAGAAGUAGCCACCCAUGAUGGAGCACCUCCGGAAUACCUCCUGCCUGGUUCCUCAGACAGACCGCUAAUGGCUCUCCUACCACAUAGCUCCCAACCAGAGCAGGUCCCAAGCUACAUGAAGGACCUGUCUCUUAGCUGUUGGGACCCUCCUCCAGGACACAGGAAGCUGCAAGGAGACUUCCUGUACAUCACUGUGGUGACCUUGGAGGGACAACGGCGUGACAUAACAUCUUCUCCAAAAGGUUUCUUUAUCAACAGAUCUACACAGGAAGCAUUUGAUCCUCGUCCUGCUCAAUCAUCCCCAGUGUGCCACUGCUUCACUGACCUGCUGAGUCAUAUUAGUCCUGCCUUCCAACAAGCUUUUACUAAAAAUAGGCAUCAGGUACCGCAAGUCGAGAUGAUGCCUACUCCUUAUCAAACCCGAUGCUGGCUUGGUCCUCCUUGUGCAACCCGCACUCACAAAAAAAACUUCAGCAGGCUGGGAGUAGAUGAGCAACCAGCAAACCAGGCUCCAGACUGGAAUGAGGAGCUGCAAGCAGCCAGAGAUCUUCCACAAACCAACCAAGAGGAGAGGCUCCGAAGGGAGAGAGCACUUCUACAGGUAAACAGUGCAUUUGUGAGGACAGUGUCCCUAGGAGCGGAGACAGUGGUUGAAGGCUUUGCAGAGCCAGUCAACGGAAACCCUGAGGACCCAGCUUUUCUGUUCGGUGGUCUGUUCAUGAGCCAGGGGGCAGCAAGUGCAGUGUUUGGUGGGGUGAGGGGCCGCAGGGCUGCUCAGAGAUUGGAGCUUAAAGGGGUUCAGGCCUACAGUGAUCUACAGGGACUACAGGGGUUACACACUCUACCUACAGCCAUUGUUGACUACAGAGGAGUGCGCCUGUCUGCCCAGGGUUUGGCUCCUGGUUUGGAAGGCACUGAGCAGGAGGAAGGAACCACACCUGUCUCACGGGGUUUGCUCUAUGGAGUGAAUGCAGGAUGCCAGGAGUCCCCCCAUCGCAGACGAAUGCUUGAGCUCUUGGCUCAUUCCGCCAAAGCACUUUCCCUGCAGAAACAUGUUGUCGCAGCACCCAAUGGUCACCGGGUACCGCUGUUCACUUCAGUGGACGCGCAGGGACUGCUGGGGGCUGAUGGGAGGUUAUACAUACUGGAUGUGUUCAGGACUUUCCCAGCUGAUGCCAACUACUGUGCAGAUGUGAACAGUGAGAUAAAAAGUGGAGAAGAGGAACUGAAAGAAAGCUGCAAAAGAGCUGAAGAAAACAGCACGAGUGUAAAAGAAGGCUGGCCACUGAACUAUCAGGAAGACUGUGGACUCCCAAGGACUUUUCCUCACAGUCUCUGUAGACUGAGGCCAGAGUUGAUGCAGGCAUUUAUCCAGCACAAACACACUCAGUUCACACAGCUUGUCAAGGAGAAAUUGGAUGAUAAUGGAGGCUUUGAAGAGUGUGCAACAGCUUGUGACUCUCGGGCCACUGAAGCUGUAAGGGCUGCUUGUAAAGAGGUGGGCUCUCUUAGCGACAUCAUCUUUGAGAUGCGAUUGUGCCCCAAUCUGUUCUCACCAGGAGUGUCUUUCCCAAGUAGUGAGAGCGCAUCAAUAAAGUUGCAUGAAAGAUUACUACGUGAAGCUGCAGCUUUCAUUGUCACCCACCAGAUACCAGCUUUUGUGAGCCAUUGCCUUCAGAGCAAUGAUACCCCCAUGGACGGAGCUUCUCUGAAAGAAGCACUACACCAGAGAGGCAUCAACCUGCGUUAUCUGGGUCAUGUGAUCAAAGCCAUUAAACAGUCAAAGCACAAAGAGCGCAUGAGGCAUUUACUGAGAUUGGCCAUCUGUGAAAUUUUAAUGCGCUCGACAAGGAGAGUCUUCAACAGUUUCCUCCAGGGAGUGGACAUGCCGUGUCUGGCUACAGCUGUCAGUCACUUCUUGUGCUGCCUACUGGUCCCUCACUUCGCAGCUACCUCGCUGGGAGAGGACACUAAGAAGAAGUCAAGGCGGCGUGGCCGAGGUCCUGGGGCCUCUGAGAGCACGACCUGGAGCACGCUUACUGCGGUCGAGCUGUGGAACUUGGUCUGCCAGGAUGUUGAGGAAACAUACAGCAUUUCCGAUAGCCUUGGUUCUGGUCUGAACCAACUGGUCGAACGCUACGGGCUUCAGAAAAUCUCCCUGGUCAGAGAGUUCUGUUUGAAGACUGGAGUACAGCUCAGACUGAGGGACUACAUGCUUGAAAGCCAAAGCAAAGCUCCCAUUGGACCUGAUGACAUCAUCAACAUCUUCCCUGUCGUCAAACACAUUCACAUGCCCAUUUCUGACGCUUCCAAAGCAUUUCGUACUGCACAGAACUCCCUCCAGAAAGGUCUGUUGGAUCAUGGCUAUGAACAACUGAAAGAUGCUGCAUAUCUGUUUGGUAGAGUAUGCGAUGACCUCCAUCAUGAGGCAUGUUAUUGCCACAGCCUGUUGGCCAAGUUAGCUUUUCUGCGGGGGAAAGCUGUUGAGGCACGCAGUGUCCAAUUGAGAGCAGUGGUCAUAAGUGAGAGAGUGCUCGGAUUUGACCACCCACAUACACUUCACCAAUAUGCGCUCUUAGCUGUCUAUGUCUAUGCUGGAGGGGAGACUAACCUGGCCCAGAAGUGUCUGCUCAGAGCACGCCAUCUCUUACUUACCAUCCAUGGAGAGGACCACCCAUACACAGCCAUGCUAGAUAGUUGUCUUGGAUUGGUGUUAACAGGGGAGGAAGCAGGGCAGUAUCUAAAAAACGCCCUCAGACUCAACACAUCCUUUUUUGGCCCAACAAAUCUGCACACUGCUCUCACUCAGCACCUGAUGUCCCAGUGGCUGUGCAGCAAAGGAGACUACCGAGGGGCUAUGAAUCAUGAGAAAGAGGCCUUUUCUGCUUUUACCUCCCUGUUUGAUGAGGAUCACCCUCAGACACGAUGCAGCAAAGAGUUUUUGUGCACAAUUACCAAGCAGGCAGUGCAGGUGGAACGUUCUCUAAGGCAGGCUGGAGGGAAUGUUACAGAGCAAAUAGUGGAGUGCCUGUCUCCUACAAGUGAGACUGUUCUGGAGCAGAUGGGUCUGAUCACAGGGAUCAGGAGGAUUACUGUCAGUGAGCGGUUCCAGGAGUUGAAGCAGAAACAUCAGGAACUUAAGGCAGCGGUGGCAAAAGAGCUGAUGAGCAAAGCAGCUAACGAGCUCUUGGAGGUUAUGAAUGGACAGGACAAGGAGCAAGCUCAAGGAAUAGGAAAUGGGAAGGAAGUUCCAAGCCUGCAAGAAAAGCCGGUUGAAGAAACCUCAGUCGACACUGCGGCCUCAGCUAAUUGUCAAAUGGUGGAGCCUGAGGAGGAAAAAGAAGUGGCCGGAGGUGAGGCAGAGCCCAAGAUGGUGGAUUGCACUGAUCUUGAAUCCAGUGCAGCCAAUGGAGUCGAGACCACUGAAGAGAUGCAUUGUGAUCAAACAAAUGAGAUGAAGUCAGGAUCAGACAAGGUCACCGGGAGCCUGAAGAGUAAGGCAACCUGGGCAGAUAUUGUUGUCUCCAACACUACUGUGGUCAAUGGAGGGGUAAAAAUCUCAGUCAAUGGAACAGAUCAAGAGUGAAAACAUCAAAUUGUCAAUGGGCGCAGUGGACACACUGUUAGAAACAGACAGAUGAUGUAAUGAUGGGAGAGGUCUGUAUGGUCCAGUGCUGUUUUUCUUUUAAAAAUAAACUUUUUACCGUAUAGCUUUCUUUUUUU